AUGUCAAAAAUUAAAAAUAAGAAUACUGCUACGGGCAAGAAGGAUCCACCUACGGAUUGCUGCGUGGAGUUCAAAUCACAGGGGUUACAAAUUAUCACAGUGUCAAACGUGUGCAAUAUACUUGGGAGGAAGAAUGGUCGGGCUGCAAUUGAACAGGUGUGCAAGGACCAAGGUAUUCCCCCACCCUGGGAUAGAGAACCAAUGCACACCUUCUAUAGGCUGCCUAAGGACGGGCGUAAGCAGAGCGCGGUGGAAAGGUGGGCUAUGGUUGAUUCCCCACUCCAGGGGCCGCCUGCUACAACUCUACCUUCUAAUGGACAAGUUUCGACGAAUGGUGGCGGCUUCCAAGAUCCACGGGUUGAUUCGCUCAACAACAAAAUAGCCAAUCUAGAGAAGAAGAUUGACUUACUUUCAACGGCAAUUGAGAAGCUUCUGGCUGGCUCCGCUGGAGAAAAAUCCAUUUUUAUACCCCAGGAGGAGGAGGAGGAGGAGCUGUGA